AGAUCGCCUGAGGUUGAGCUGCCUUUGGGGCGCCGGAUAUGUUUUCAGGUGGAGGCAGUUCGACACAUGUACAGCAACGCUUUUCUUGAUUGCUCUUUCUCCGUGAUCCUACUUGUCCAUACAGUUACGAUAAAAAUAGCUGCCGUGGCAUACCUUUCGCUUGUCGCCCACAUAUGGCAUGGAACAUGACGUCGCCAUUUGUAUUGCACUUUUCCUAAUUUACAAUUACAGUAUACUGGCUACCCUGGCCAGUAUUGAUUGAGCG